AUGGACACACUCUCCCAUAUGCUACUAAAAGCACUUAGGGAUGGCUCUCUACAGGGAAUUAAACUUGCACCAACUGCUCCGACACUCACUCAUCUUUUCUUUGUCGAUGACUCCCUCAUCCUAGCUAAGGCCUCCCCUCAACAGCUUUACCAGAUUAUGCAAAUACUAAAUAUCUUUUCUCAAGCUUCGAGCCAGAGAAUAAACCUCCAUAAACCUGGUAUCAUUUGCCGCAACGCACUGGACAUUGUGACUAAACAGAGUAUGGCAGCCAUCUUACAAAUGCAAAUAUGGUCCAACUCAAGCUUUUAUCUAGGGCUACCAUCUGUUUGGGGAAGAUCCAAAGUGGCAGCUCUUCCAUGGGUUAAGGAACGAGUUCAAAAGAACAUAGAAGGAUGGAAAGAAGCCUUGCUUAAUCAGGCUGGAAAAAAAAAAUUAUCAUCAAAGCAAGCAUUCAAGCAGUGCCCUCGUAUGCAAUGGCAGUAA